UACAAAUAAACACCGGAACAAUUAAAAAGGAAAACCUCAUUCUGAUUCCCCCAAUCGCACAACAGUCUGUUCCAUUCAAAACUGCGAUCUUGAUGGCCUUUGGGGCAGUAGAAGCCGCCGGAACCCUAGUCGGUUCCGGCGCGGCUGAUGCCGGCGAUGAGCCCAAAUCCCUUCCCACUUCCCGCUUCCGCUAUAACUCGCCCCUGGUUCAAGUUUCCCUCAUCGGCCUCGUCUGCUUCUGCUGCCCCGGUAUGUUCAACGCCCUAUCCGGCAUGGGCGGCGGCGGACAGGUAGAUCACGACGCCGCCAACAACGCCAACACCGCCCUUUACACCACUUUCGCUAUCUUCGGCCUCCUUGGCGGUGGCAUCUACAACGUCCUCGGCCCUCGCCUUACCCUAUUCGCCGGCUGUUCCACCUAUAUCCUCUACGCCGGCUCCUUCCUCUACUACAAUCACCACUCCCACCAGACCUUCGUCAUCGUUUCUGGCGGCAUCCUCGGCGUCGGCGCUGGUCUCCUCUGGGCAGGCCAAGGUGCCAUCAUGACCUCCUACCCCCCACCCUCCCGCAAGGGUACUUACAUAUCAAUCUUCUGGAGCAUCUUCAACCUCGGUGGCGUCAUUGGCGGGCUGAUCCCUUUUGUCCUCAAUUACCACCGAACUCAGUCGGCUUCCGUCAACGACGGAACCUACAUCGCCUUCAUGUGUUUCAUGUCUGCCGGCACUUUACUCUCCCUCGCCAUUCUUCCUCCUUCGCGGAUCAUCCGGGACGACGGAUCCCGGGCCACUGUAGUUACCUACUCCAGCGUUUCCACCGAAGGGCUCGAAAUCCUCAAGCUUUUCGCCAAUUGGAAAAUGCUCCUCAUAAUCCCCGCCGCAUGGGGAAGCAAUUUUUUCUAUUCCUAUCAAUUCAAUAACGUCAAUGGCAUCAUAUUCAGCCUCCGGACCAAGGGGCUCAACAAUGUUUUCUAUUGGGGCGCGCAAAUGAUCGGCUCCUUGGCAAUUGGCUACUUGCUCGAUUUCAGUUUCAGAAGCCGGAGAAAGAGAGGGCUGGUUGGGAUCUCUGUCGUCGCCGUGCUCGGGACGGGUAUUUGGGCGGGCGGGCUUGCAAACCAGCUCCGUUACACCGACGGCAAGUGGCCGAACAAGCUAGAUUUCAAGGAUUCAGGUUCCAGUUAUGCCGGCCCCUUUGUUCUCUAUUUCAGCUAUGGCUUGCUGGAUGCCAUGUUCCAGAGCUUAUGCUAUUGGGUGAUUGGAGCUCUUGCGGACGAUUCAGAGACACUCAGCAGGUAUAGUGGAUUCUACAAGGGAGUGCAGAGCGCAGGUGCGGCAAUUGCGUGGCAAGUGGAUGAGCACAAAACGCCGCUGGUGUCGCAGUUGAUUGUGAAUUGGGCGCUUACGUCUAUAAGCUAUCCCCUGCUUGCGUUCUUGAUAGUGAUGGCUGUUAAAGAUGAUGUAUCGGCGGCGAGAGGUAAGGAUUUGGAAGAGAAGACGCCGGAGCCGUAGGACAGUUGGAGUAUUGCAGCUAUGAUACCGAAAGUUUUUUUCUUUCUGGUUUGCUUCCUUUUUCGUGGAAUUUUUAUAAAGUUCAUGAUAAUGAAAUCUGUAAAGAGUGGACUUUCAGGGUUUUGGUGGGCCCUUCAAUAAGAGAAAUUAUUAUGUGAA